UAGAUCUCUUCUAUUUGGUCCGUACGAUGAAGCAAGUAUUAUAACUCUCUUCGACUGGUUAAAGCCAUUGGCGUAGGCUUCAUAAAAAAAUAAUGUAAAAACGGACGGUUAUGAACUUCCAUGGCCGUCUCUUACCAGGUCAAACCAAAACAUUUAUGAAGAUUUUCUAUGGUGUAAAAACUCAUUUGAUUUUAGUUUAUCGUAUCCAGACAUAACAAAUCUAUAUCCUCAAAAUAACUAUUUUUUAUUUUUAAAAAUUUAAAACUAUAUCCUCAAAAUUUUAUUUCUUAACUCUAAACUUUUUGUAUAGAUUAGUUAACCCUAAUAAAAAUAUAUUUUUAUAUUUUAAUAAAAUUUAUUUUUGUCAAUUUCUUCAUUGAAGUCUAUAUAUUUUUGUGACAAAAUGUUAAAAAAGGCUAUCAAAAGGAAUUUCUCUAAUACAUUUGUAAAACAUAAUUAGAUUUUUUAGUUGUCAAAAAAGUUAAGUUUUUUUUCUAACAUAAUUAGUUUUUAUUUUAUAUAAAACCAUGCAAUCAAUUAUAUGUUGACUCAUAGUUCAAUUUUUGUUCAGAGAAUAUCUCAAAAGUUCUCAUUGGAUAUAUUCUACAAACAAAAAAUAUUCUCUUUCAUUCUUUUUCAUUUUAUUUACUUUUUGAGAUAUCUUCACAAUUUUACCAUUGGAAUUAAUUUAUCUUAUAAAUACAGCCUCAAUUACUUUGAUUAGCUCUAGUAGCAAAAAGACAAUCAAUCGCACAGCUUUACGGGUGACGACGAAGUCGAUUCGUUCGUGGUAGUCAGAUUCCACCCCUUCGGGAAAAUCACGGUUAGUUCGUGUUCAUCUUUUUUGCUCUUCUUUUACCGUUGGUUUCGUUCUAAAUAACCACAUCAGAAAACAUCGAAAACCCUAGCGUGACUAGUAAUUUUCAUGUGGUUCUAGUCUUGCUCCUUAUUAUUAUGUAUUCAACCGAAUGUUUGAUGUAUGUUAUAAGUUUGAUCUGGUUCGAUGGAGCUUUAAAAACCUCUCUUCACUUGUUAGAGAUUUUUUUAAUUACGUUAGGUUAGUUAAGUCAAACUAAUACUACUCUCUCUGAAACUUGUAUUUUCAAUAUUUUGUCAUGCAGAAUAGUUUUGUUUAGAUCGAGAAAAAACAUGGUUCGUAAACUGAAAGCGAGUCAGGCUCGUCCCACGUUGACAAAAGAUGCGAUAAGCCAAUUACCUAAUGAUUUGACAUGCCAGAUACUUUCUCUUCUCUCCACAAAGGAAGCUGUUAAGACUAGUGUUUUGUCUACUAGAUGGAGACAUCUUUGGCUUUCGCUUCCUUGUUUGGAGUUAAAAUCCAGGGACUUUUUAGAUCUCAAAAACUUUACGAGUUUCGGCGACAGAUUCUUCGAUUCCACUAGGGUUUCAUGCAUACAGGAAGUCAAGUUAACGAUUCAUAAAAAAGACCUUAGUGAUGGUUAUUUUCUCACGUCAUGGUUUGAUGCUGCGGUUAAGCGUAAGAUCCAACAUCUACAUGUUGGUUCUUACUCUUACGCAGACCGUAGGUUUAACAAGAUGCCGCAGAGAGUUUAUAACUGUGAGACACUGGUAUGCUUAAAGCUCUUUCAGGUGACCUUGUCUGAUGCUGAGUUUGUUUCCUUACCUAGCCUGAAGACUAUGCAUUUAGAAUAUAUCGAGUUUCCUAAUGAGGCAACUUUUGAGACGCUUGUCUUAUGCUCCCCCGUGCUGGAAUGUUUAAAGAUUGUCGUGGCUAGUGACGAUGAAAAAGUAUUUCGGGUGCACUCUCGGUCAUUGAAGAGGCUCACUUUCGAACGAGUUUCUCCUUUCCUGUUUGAUUCAGCAGGAGUUGUUAUUGAUGCUCCUCGUCUAUGCUUUUUGAACAUCAACGAUAACAUAUCAAAAAGUGUCAUAAUACACAAAUUGGAGUCAAACGCCGUCUUACAAAUAUCUCUCCUCGGUAUCGUCCGUUUGGAAGAAUUUGAUGAUGAGUUUUUCGACGAUAUUUAUGAAGUAAUCGUUUCAUCGAAGAUAAGUAACAUCCACAAGUUUCUUCAUGGGAUCUCGAUGGCUAGGAGUAUGAAAAUAUGUAGAGGCACCUUAAAGAUUAUGUGUCACUACUCGAAACUCGAACCGUUUCCUCAGUUUAGUAACAUGUCCUACCUGGAUAUCACUCUUUAUCCACGCGAUUUUAAAUGGUUACCAGCCUUUCUUGAGAGCUUCCCAAACUUGAAGUACCUCGCCUUGGUAUGCGAUGACAGAAAGGGUGGUUUUAGUGAGGACAUUGAUCAAGUGAGUUUCUCAUCUGUGCCUGAGUGUUUGCUAUCGUCUCUCGAGUUUGUUGAGUUGAUAGCACCAGUCCAGUAUGAUGUUGAAUUGAAGCUGGUGAAGUACUUGUUAAAGAAUUCGGCUGUCCUCGAGAAACUCAUUCUACGUUUGGCUUCUUAUAAUUCAAGAAGAGACUAUAUGUUGAAGAAACUACUCAAAAUACCAAGAGUCUCUACCAAAUGUAAAGUCGUCAUCCUCUGAUUUGUAGUGAGAGUAUCGUGAGGUUUGUCUCUGACAUGGUUAUUUUUUAAUUUUUUUGAAACAUGCUACAUGGUUAUUCAACCAUCAAUAAGACACCUAAAGAACAUUUGCCAAACAAAUUUCUUUUGUAUGACAAAGCUUUAUGAGUUCUUUUCUUUUGUAUUUGUAAUUUCUAUUUCACUAGACGCAUGAGUUCUAAUUUAUUCUGGUUUUGAGAUUGCUUGAUUACAUAGAGAGGAAUACUUUGUAGGUUGUAUAUGUGGAAUACUUUGUAGGUUGUAAGAAAAAAAAAGAGGAAGACCAUCUAAAGAGAAGCAGCAACCAGCAAAGAAAGCUGGCAGUUCUGCUCCUAAGAAACCAAAACUCAAGAAAUGAGGUAAUGAUUUCGAUUCUGUUUUUUUUUAAACACGUUAAGACAACAAUUACAUAUAUGAAACAGAGUAGUUUUGCUUAUACGAGUUGGGUAAUGUAAGGCCUUUGAUAAAUAGAUUUCAGGAUCUCUAGGAAGACACUAAACAUGGCCUGGUUACUACUUCCUUCUUCACAGUUAUGUAUAAACUCUCAUUAGAAAAUAUAAAUAGAAUAAUGAUGAUUCAUGUUGUGCAUGAUUUGCCUUUAAGCAGUUAUGCUGAAACAGAGUAAAAUUAUAGUCAAGACUGAAGAAGACUGAAGAAGAUAUCAAACAUCAAGACUGAAGAAGAAGAAGAAGUAGAAGCAAGUUCCUUACUCUGUUUUACGUAAAUGCGAAAGCAUUAAGAUCAUUAAGAUCAAGAACAGAGCAGUAAAAUUAUAGUCUCUUAACUUUACUAAAGUACCCCCCGUUUCCCCGGGAAACAUAAUUAUCUACUUAUCUGCUUCAGAGGUAAAAUCGUCACUUUAACAAAAGUGGAGAGGGGCAGGGGGGGUAUAGUAUAAUAUGUCCACCAGUCUCUCUUUGAUUUAUAAUCUCAUCUCUGAGACUCUGACCAAAAGCGUGUCACAUUUCUAACAAAGGUAAAAUGUUACCAAUAUGCGAGCAAGGGUCCAAGUAUACUUCAUGCAAAUGUGUAACCGGACUAGUAAAUGCAUCCUUAGAAGGAAGAGUGACCAAUGGCUUUUUGGAAGUUGGCUCUGGAUGAUCUACAGUGUAGAUUCUACACGAGAUGUGGACGAAUUUUGCAGCAGCUUAAUAAUGUCCACCAUUGGGAUCUCUCGUUUGUGACAUGAGGCUCUUUUGUAAUAGGAACAGAAUCUUGUGCCUGAGGUGGUAAUAAGCACCUCUUCUCCUUGUGACCAAGUGCACUUGUGACCAAGUGCACCGUACCUUUCACAUGCACUAGGAAUCUAAGAGUACUCAACUUCUACCAAAUAGAUAUUAACUUGCUUGUCAUCAAGUGCAAUGAACUUCGAAAAUGGUAUAUCCAAUUCCACCUGAACUAGUAUUUUUUGCUUCUCUCAUGUUUGUUGGAUCUAAACGGGGCUUGUGUGUAAGCAUAGGCUCUUCCAAACCCGAUGCUAUGUGGCUGAUUCCUAAUCUAAAGAAGCAAGAAGCAAGAAUCUUGAAUAUUCUUUAGAAUUUUUUUUUUUUUGAAUUGAAUGUUAAAUUUAAUUCAAAAGAAAAAACCUUAUUACAACUAUGUGUGUCCUUUCCUAAUUUUAUAUACACAUUUGGGAAUUUAAACAAAAAGAAACUCUUUCUUCAACUCAUUCUACCUCCUCCACCAUUGUCAACCUUCUCAAUUCUACCUAGCUCUCACUCCUACUAGGCAGCCAGCUCUCACUCCUACUGGAUAGCCAGCUCUCACUCCUACUGGAUAGCUAACUCUUACUGCAGUCCUAUCUUGUAGAAAACCAAAAUUACAUCCCAUUUCCAAUUACUUUAUCUCCCUUCCUCUGUAUCAAUGUGAGUUUGUUCCUCAUAUUUUUAUCAAGCAAUUUGAUCAACAAUUCUGCUGGCGCAGUAGCCUCCCGAUGCCUUUGUCUAUUACGCUCUCGCCAUAACAUAUAGACUGUAGCUUGAAACAUAUAUUUUACGAGGAAACUCUGCAUCUUACAUCCCAUUGAGCCUCUCAUGAGUCUUUUUAUUUCCUCCCAUCUCACCGUAAAUUGCCCCCUCAAGAUACCCUUCAUUAGAGCUUCCCAUACCCGAGUAGAGUAACUGCACUCAAAGAAUAAAUGUUCAAGAGUUUCCAAUGGCGCAUUACACAAGAUACAAUCCUCCCUUGCACUACACUGCCAAGCUCUCAUCCUGUCCCCCGUUGCAAGUCUCCCCCUCAUAGCCAACCAUAAGAUAAAUGAGUAUUUAGGGGUUGAGUACUUAAACCACACAAUAUCUGCCCAGUCAAUAAGGAUCUUCCUUUCUCUAAUAAACUCCCAAGUUUCUGUAGAGGAGAAACUUCUCUUGCACACCCCCUUACCAUUUAGCCAUAGCGAAACAUCCUCAUCAUCAACUCUAUUACCUCGACUUUUUUCAAUUUCUUCCUCCACUUUGUUUAGGAGCAAUUUCUAUUAUUCUUUAGAAUUACCCACACCGGCAGGAUUCUAAGGAGUCACAAAGAGUAAACAAUCAUCAACAUGCCACACGCUUCUUUGAAUAACCCCUUUACGAGUAUUUUCAUGGGGAUAUGGAAUAAAUAUGACGAAUUUCCCAACUUUCGGCAGGAAAUUUACAUUUACGACCCCAUAACCUAUUCAAAACUGCAUGGAUAAGACCUCCAUGCGGAUUUGAACACAUAUGAAACUGUCCAACUACAUAUUCUUCUUUGUUCUCCGGUCCUAAACUAAGUACCUUUGCGGGAAUUGUGUCACUUGAGGUGUACCGUCCAGACGAUAAGUUGGUUCAGUAGCACGGAAAAGGUUUCUAGAAAACUGGUUCAUGCAUGCAGCCCAUGAGAAACGAAGACUACCAUCUUCCUUAAGAGCUGGAGGCGGAAUUGUUUUUACCGGUAUUUAAGGCUUUGCUUGCUCAGGAAACAACAUUUGUCCUUUCUUGGUCUUGGGACCAUUUACGAUAGCCUCACCCAUCGUCCAGAGAUAAUUGAGGCAAGGCCAACUAGGAUCUUGAGUCGUAGCUUGUUUUUCAUCAGUCAACUACGUUGCGAGAGCUAGGUGGUAUGUUUGCAUCAACUCUUGUCGUCGAAGCUUCAAUGGUCGUCUCCAUGGUUGAAACAACUGAGCUUAGAGACGACACAAAAGUUCUGGAGUAGAGCACAGAACUAGCCGGCUAUGAUAUCUCGACGCCGAUUGAGAUCGGGAUAUAAAUGAAAUAUUAAAAUAUUAGCCAAUUUCAAUUUAAAGUUCAUUAAAAAAAAACAGGAGUUGAAGAUUAUAAACAUCGCUUUAGGCCCAAAUCACUUGUAUAUACACACGCAGCUAAGGUUUCAACAUUGCAACACCGUGAAAAGUUUUUGGGAGGAGGCAGAGCGAUGUUUAACGAGAGGAAUAUAUGGAGUCGACGUCGUCCCAGUACUACUCGGCCUGAAAAGUAUAAGAAGCUGCGUGAUAUGGAGCGCGUGCCCGACAAGCCCGAUUUAACAGAAGUUGGAGGAAGGUUAUUAUUAUAUACUUUUAAUAUAUUUUCAUAUAGUAUAUCUCUGUAAAACGCGAUUGAGAAAAUUUCGGCUUUUGAUUUUGAUUCUCAAUUACAGAAAAAGUCAUCACUUGCUACUACCAAUUCCACCAUGCCCUGUCUGGAUGCUCCUUUGGUGAAGGUUAUUUACUUUAGUAUUGAGAAAUUUAUAUGUCAUCUACGGCUUUUGUUAUUCACUGAUUUUGAUUCUUAAAUUAUUGUUAUUCAUUGAUUUGAUUCUUAAUUACAGAAAAUGUCAUCACUUACUACUACUUCCACCAUGCCUGUCUUGAUGCUCCUUUGGUAAAGUUUAUUUACUUUAGUAUUCAGAAAAUUUAUAUGGCAUCUUAAAGGCCUUUGUUGUUAUUCAUGGAUUUGACUCUUAAUUACAGAAAAUGUCAUCACCUCACGAUGUCACUACUACUACCACCACCAUGCCUCGGUCGCCAUCAAGGUAUAUAUAUAUACAUAUUAUGAUAAGGAGAUGAUUAAGCUAAUGUAAUAUAUGCUCAUGAAUGUGAAGAUAGUUUCCUUAUCCUAAUAGUUUGUGGGACUGAGCAUCCAAAGAUUUACUACAAUCUGAGAAACUAAUUUUUUUUUACUCUAACUGCAGGUACAUCAGGGUUUCAUCGGAGUUUCACAGUAUCUUGUUGUAUUCGUCCAAAGCCAUGGACCAGCUUAGAACAGGUGCUCGUGAUACAUUUGCAUUGUAUCUUUUUUCCUUUUUGAUAACUUUCUUUAAGAAAAUAUGGUCUUGAAUUGCCAAAAAUAUAUAGAUUAGGACGCUUUCACAUUUACACUAAUAUAACUACAAUAUACAAAAAAGUUUUUUUUCUAUCUCAGUACAAGGCUCAUAAAAUACUUGGAUUGGGUCUGUCAUGGAUGGGAGGACGCAGAAUGGUUAUUCUUCGGGGCUGGGUUUUUAUACAUUGUUUUCAGAAAAAUGUUCAUCUAUAAUCCCGAGAUGAGACAAAGCAUAACCCUACCCGCCCUCAAAUCCAACGUUUUUUUUUGUUCAAGAAGACUACCUUGUUUUGAUCAAGAACAAGAUCAUGUCUCAAAAAGUAAAUGCAAAAGUUUCAUGCCCGUUUACUGAGGAGAUGCCAACCAUCACAUCUUCUGGAAGGGAUGUAUAAAGAUGGCAAUAUCUCGCCAAAACAAAUGUUCUACUUGUAGGAAAAGGUGACUGCAAAAGAGCUGAUUAGAGUAUUCCUUCCAUCCAUCAGAUGAUCGAUACAUCAACAUUACCAGCCACCUUGUAAGGCUUACUAAUGAUAGUUCUUUUCAUUUACAAUUAUACAAAUGACUAGAUACGAUUUAGUAAACAUGACAAUGGUGUAGUCACAGUCUAAUGGUUUGUCUGGCUCUAUCCUCAAAUUCGCGUUGGAACAUUGAAGGGACUUCGAGGAAUUGGCGUUUUAGUUUGAAUAUUUCAUUUUAUUGGAAGAAAAAAACUUCAUUGUUCAAGAAGGUCUUAUCAUUGGUAAUGUCAAAUUUCGAAGUAACGCUUGGUUUACUUGUUGUUGUCUAUGUAAUUUAGGUCUCUGCAAACCUCAGUUGAUGCCUCUCUCUAUAUAUUACAGAUGAAAUAUAUACAUAUAUGGAAACAAGAAUUUAGUUACUGAAUCUCAUCUAAAAUGGUGCAUCCUGAUCUUAUUAUGUGUAUAGCCAAUUCUCAUCUGCAUGCUGAUAUAUAUAUGCGUUAGGUAUGUGUGUGGUGUCAGUAUGAGCAAAUAGUGGGAACUAGACAUGGAGUUUGUUAGAAUAUUGUGAUCUGGAACUAGAGUGUAAUGGUAUCAGAAGAUAGAUUACAGAAGCUAAUAGACAGGGGCUUCAAGCAAAUUGUUGCCUAGGACCUUUAGUGGGCUUCUCAGGUACAUACCUCCUUCCUUCAGAGCUGGAUAGUAGAAUUGCCAUUAAACAGUGCAAGAAGGAGCUGCAUUUUAUAGGCCAACAGUUUUUAAAAUUUAGUGUGAUGAGAAUGUUUUAAUCGUAGGUAGGUAUUGUUUACAAACAUUUCAAAAGCACCACUUACUUAUGAGUCCUGUUGAUGGUUAGCUUACUUCAUUUCCAUUGUACCAUGUCUUAAUUAGAAGAACCGCCUAUCUUGCUUUAUGUUUUGAUUACGAUGCAAAAUAGCCAACAGAUUAUAUAAUGUAAUACAAGAAAACGACUUAAAUCAUGGCAAACGAUUUCUCAAUAUCACUUAGGAAAAGGGUUUACACUACAUUUAAUUUUUUCAAGUCAAGAUAAAGCUCAAAAGUUAUGGAAUAUAAUAUAGUUU